AGCGGGUAGAGGAAAUAGAUUAAGGCCCAUUAUGUUGGGCUGGGCUUGAAUGAAAAAGUAUUGUAAGAGGGAGGAGUGGGGUGAGUAAUAAAAGAAGAAGAAAAGGAUAGUGGUGUUUGUUGUGAAGGAAGGAAGGAAGAAAGAUGGCGUUGCAUUGGUUGGAAGCUGUGCUACCUCUUGGAAUUAUUGCUGGAAUGCUUUGUGUUAUGGGAAACGCUCAGUAUUACAUCCACAAAGCUGCUCACGGCCGACCUAAGCACAUCGGCAACGACUUGUGGGACGUCGCCAUGGAGCGAAGGGACAAGAAGCUCGUCGAUCAAGCUUCUGCCGCCUCAAAUUAAAUCAAUCAGGCUGUUUUAUCAACGUGCUUGUGAAGGGAAUAAAUUGCUUAUAUGAUGCUCUUGAGCUGUUCCAAGGAAGCAGAGUAGUUUGCUACAAUUAAAUUUCCAUAUGUUUUCUUGUAUGAAAUUUGACAUAAGCUUUAUCAUAUACAUAUGCUCUAAUCAAUUGUUUUCUUUUAGUUGAACACGGUGAAAUAGACAUAAUAUGAUCUUUUUGUGAUGAUUGAUAAUAUUUGUUGCUUUUUAAA